AUGGCUGUGAGCGAACUCCAGCGGUCGAUCGAGCAAGCCGAUAUUCAGAGGGUGACGGAACUGCUAAGAGACGGAGCCGAUAUAAACGUCCUAUUCGAAUACUCGUUUCACGGUGACAGUUUCCCCACCAAAAAAGUGACUCCGUUAAUCUUGGCGGCGGGCCUGGGCUAUGAGCAAAUUGUUCAGCUCCUCCUAGAUCGAGCGGCUGAUCUCAAGGCCCGCACCAAGGAUGGAAGGAAUGCAUUGCACAUGGCUUGCUGUUGUGGAAAAGAGCAUGUCUGCCGAAUUCUUCUGCAACGCGCCGAAGCUAACGGCGCCGAGCUGCUGAGGAACAUGAUCACCGCAGAAGACAAGGAGGGUCACACGCCGCUGCAUAAGGCGGCGAUGAUCAAAAGUGUCCUAAUGGUGUUUCGAUUAUUGGAAACAUCGGUCUACUUCCCUCCCCUCCCGACACAAGACCCGAUAGCCCGGUCGAAGAGUCCAGAGAAAGAAGCGGUGGCCAAUCUGCUGUUGGAAACGGAUCUGCCCAGUGGCGAUCAGCAUCAACGGGCUGCCAUCACCUACUGGGCCAUCCUAAAUGGACAAUUGGAGCUACUUGAGAGAUGCAUGGAAAGAGGGAGCGUCGCCCUGCACCGCGGAAAAGCCUGUUGGACCCAUGUGGCUGCGAUCGGGGGUCAUAAAGCCAUCCUGAAGUACCUGCUCGAGAACGGAUAUAAGGAUGAAUACAUUAGCCCAGCUCACAAAGACCUCACACCUCUCCAUCUGGCUGUAAUGCAUGGUCAUUUGGAUUUGAUCAAGGGAUUUCUGCAAUGGCUGCAAACAGAAUCUGAUAGAAUGCAGGAGGCCUUCCUGAGCAAGAGCACCGACGGCGCCACACCCAUCGCUCUGGCCACCUCGCAAAGCAUCCCUGAGCACCGGAAGAUCGAAGAUGCCUUAUGGGAGGCAUUGAAGAAGAGUGUUGCCGAUGACGAGUCCUUUUUCCAAAAACGUGUGAAGUGGGAGCCCGUGGUACAACAAGCCGCGAGGUAUGAGAUCCCUAGAAACCUGCAUGAGGAUGAUUCUCACCUCCGAUAUUUCUUGCUGAAUGUACACCGGCAAAAACACACUACUUGUUCGGGGGGAGGAAGCAAUACUGGUGAGAAAUGGAACGCCUUACAGCUAGCCGUCUACCACGGAUGUCCCAUUGUGGUGUGGUUCAUGCUCUCCCGGGGCGGCAAUCGCAUUGCAGACAACAUCCGCAAGGGGCUGAACAUUGUUCGGUCCUGGCAUGGGGAAAUAAAGAACCAUAAAAUAAUCGAGGAGAUACUCUUAAAUCCGCCGCCACGCGAGAUGGGCGGCCCUACCGGCCCAAAAAACGACAAUCGUCAGGUCCCCGGGUUUCAACAUCAAGGGGAGCAAUACGGAGGGACCGAAGGGUUUAUUGUCGACUUGUUCCCACUUCAGGGUAAAGGCCGAAUCGAAACUACCAUCAAGCAGCGGCCGAUUAAAGAAAUCAUCUACAAACCAGGGCCCCAGGCGAUCAUGACCGCUAGAAAGUAUCCCAACCUUUCGGCCCUCGAGCAGGCACUGAAAACUUCAAACGAGAAAGCAAUCGGUAACCAAGACGGAAACGGACAGCUCCAUCAUCCAACUGAGCCUCAUUCACGUUGUGUCAGGGAGCUCAUGGUCCGACUGUCGCUGGACAGCGGCAGGGACAACUCCGGCCAUAGGCCCCUGAAUGGGUUUAUAGACAGAACUUUGACGAGAGGCCGUAAUAAGGGGAACAAAGACCAUAUAAAGCCUCAAUUUGUGAUUGAUGAUAUGAAAGUCUCCACGGAUCGGCAAGGCAAUAACAAGGCUGAAGGAGGGAGUCAUAAGAGUAAGCCAAAUGAAAGAAGCAAUAAUAAUGAGAUAAAAGGAGGAGACAGUGAGAAUCAAGAGCCAAUCAGAGAGAGGAAGAAUGAUGAGGGAAAAAGAGAGAAUAAUAGAAACAAGGAAAAGGAAGAGGGUAAUGAUUCACAGCUCCAUGCAAGGAUAGCAGUUCUUAUGCCAUUUAUCUCCUGGACAGACUGGCCAGUCAAGGAGACGACGCCCACGUCGAGUCCCUCCAGUGACCUACCAGAUAAACAUAGGCUUACCUAUGGAUCAACGCCGCUCAACAAGUAUCACUAUGUCUUGAUGUCUAAGAAAGAACAAAGAAAACGAGAUGAUGAGCAAGUUCUAAUUAAGUAUAUUAAAGGGAAACAAAAAUCUCCAUCUAACUCCCAGGCAAUAUAUAAGGUUCUUACGGUGAAUCAGCUCUGGCUGUGGGUUGUUGAUAGUAAUACUAUUGUGACAUGUACAACCGAAGAGACAAAGGAAGUGGACAUGAGCUUCCUUGAACACGUUCUUGAGACACUCAAGGCUCGCGAGAAGACCCUGUCGCUGUCUGUCUACUCGAUUGCGGAGGUGAUCAUGCAGACGACCAUGGAUCUUCUUACCAAAAAGGAUAUUGAUGUCUAUGGAGAAAAAAAGAAGAUUGAUGUCAAUGGAGAAAAAGAGGAGAUUAAUAUCAAUGGAGAAAAAAAGAAGAUUGAUGUCAAUGGAGAAAGAGAGGGGAAACAGUCCCUGCUGGAUAUUUUUCGCAGCUCAGUGUGGUCAGUACGAAAUAAAGAAAUACAGCUCUUCGAUGAAUUUCUCAAGAUUUGCAGUGAUGAGAACAAAAACAAAAUGGGCCCUGAAUCCAUUGAUAUCACCAAGGAGCUGAAGCAGCUCCGCGAUGCCAAACAUAUCCAAGAUGAGCUCCGUAUCAUCAAAGCGAUAUGCGACGAGCAAGAAAUGGUCUGGAAACAAAUGCAUACCCAUAUCAGAGGGCACCAGAAGGAGCAACAUGGUCAAGUGAAGGACAAAAUCAUGGACCUGAUCGACGAGACGGAGCUCUGCCAGAAGGACAUCAGUCUGCUAUUGGAUCUCAAGCAGAAGCAGUCUAAUGUCAAUGAAGCAAAGUUAGCCAGGGAGCAGAAUGAGGAAACGGGCAAACAGACCGACACCAUCAUGGUGUUUACCGUUGUGACCAUUCUUUUUGCCUUCCAUUCUAAUAAGGAUCAGCUCCCUGCCUCCUUCUUGACGAGUUUGUUUGCUUUGAAUGUGACAGACUUCCCACACGAAGCUGGGGUAGUCACCUAUAGAGGACGGUGGAUAUUUCCCGUUAUACUCGGGGUCUCUGUGGGCGUUUCAAUCUUUUUCAUGGCCAUCGCAUUUAAACAAGACGUAUUGAAACAGAUGUUGAAAGACGCCUGGAGCGGCUGGACUCGGCAGGAUUCAGAGAAUUCACCCAAUGCACAGGAUUCAAAGAAUUCACCCAAUGCACAGGAUUCACAGAGUCCACAAAAUACACAGAGUCCACAGAAUGCACAGAGUCCACAGAAUGCACAGAGUCCACAGAAUGCACAGAGUCCACAGAAUGCACAGAAUCCCCCAAGCCCCUCAGAUCGCUCAGAAAACUCACUUAAUCUGAUCAAAUCACCAAGUCAGAUGGAAAAGGUCUUUCGCAUGUCUGGUCGGAAGCGAGAAGUGGCUGACAUGGUAUAG